CCCUCUACAUUUAAAACCUGAGCUUGCAUGAACAGGCAAAGCUUAGUUGCCAAGCUCACACUGAAGAGCAUGGAUACAGACAAGAAGAUCACUAUUCUUCGAGAGGGAUUUCUGGUGAAAAGGGGUCAUGUUGUACACAACUGGAAGGCACGCUGGUUUGUGCUGACCCCAGACAAGCUGCUGUAUUACAAAUAUGAAGGAGGUAAAAGGGACUCAUGUCAGCGAGGGAAAAUCCUGCUGAAGGACUGUGUGAUAACUUGUCCUUUCCUGGAGUAUGAAAAUCGUCCGUUGGUGUUGAAGCUCCAGGCAAAGCAUGGGGUGGAUCACUAUUUGGAGGCUUGCUCCAGGGAGGAGAGAGAUGAAUGGGCAGCUGAUAUCACUGCUGCAAUCAACAAUCUACGCAAGACUGAUGGCAAGACUGAGACAAACCAGAAUGACCCUGCUGAAUGCCAGUUGCACAAUAUCAACCUGAGCAAGGUGUUGGACUCAAUGUAUGAUGUGCACAGUGGCAUCAAACUGAGCAAUCACGUGGAGCAGGGCAACACUUACCGCAACUGUUUCUCAGGUUCGGCGGUGGUGGACUGGCUGGUGUUCAUGCAGCUGGCUCUUACCCGUGUGGAGGCCGUGACGCUGGCCUCGGCCCUGCUGGAGGAGGGUUUCCUGUGGACUGUUGGCCUGAAGAGCGUGGAAGCACUCCGCACUGCCGGCCCCAGCCAACAGUUCGUGGACGACUCCACUGCUCUGUACAGCUUUUCCGACAGUUUAAAGAAGAGAGGCAGUGUGAAGGCAGAGACAUCGCUGUCUGCGAUGGAGCUAAGUGGGAAGGUGAUAAAGAGAGGAUAUCUGCUUAAACAGGGACACCGAAGAAAGAACUGGAAAGUGAGACUGUUUGUUUUGCGUUCAGAACCUGCUUUCCUUCACUACUAUGAUCCGACCAGGGAUGACAUCAACCCCGUUGGUGGUUUCUCACUGAGAGGCUGCCUAAUCUCUUCUCUGGAAGAUAACGGAGUUCCCUCAGGUGUUAAAGGCAACAUUCAAGGCAACCUGUUUAAAAUUAUCACUCAGAAAGACACACAUUACUUCAUCCAGGCGCCAAGUCACCAGGAGAAGAUGGACUGGAUAGACGCAAUAAGAUCACAGACAUGAUUCAUGUUUAAACUUCACUCUUUCAACAUAUGAAGAAGACUUAAUUUACACAUUCAGAGCAUGUGUAGCACCAAAGCUAGUGGUUCCAUAACAUUUCUGUGCUUUUCUGUCUUAAAUGCAAUUUUUGGUUUGAUUGUUGUGUAUCUGUGAGUUUGUGAAAGGAGGCUUUGAAAGUUGUAGCAGUUUAUCUUGUAAUCAGUCUGUUUAAGUUAAACUUUUUUAAUGGAUUAAUAAAAUAUGAAUAAUUAAACAUAAUUAUCUGAACUCUAUG